AUGUCGAACACGGCAGUCGGAACCGUCUAUGACACCAUCAUCUCCGAGGUUAUCAAUGCCGUGCGCGUCGAUUUUGAAGAAAACGGCGCCGAUGACAGCGCGCUGGAGGACCUGAAGAAGACAUGGCAACACAAGCUGUCGCAGAUGAAGGUGGCCCAAUUUCCGUGGGACCCCAAGCCGGAGCCUCCGGCCCAGGCCACCGCCGUGCCCGCGUCUGCGCCAACAACUACGGCUCCGCCAGUCGCUGCUCCUCCGCAUGCGCCCGCAGCCACCACCGCCUACACCCAGUCUACGCUGACCCCCCAGUCCUCUGCGCAGUCUCUCUCGCUUCCUGCUACCCCCCACCCAAACCCCAAUGCCGUGGCAGUGAAGCCAGAACCUGGCUUCGCCCCAGUUGAGCCCGGUAUCAAGCAGGAACCGGGUCUGGCUCCCGUCCACCCAAGCUACAACCCCGCCAGUGGGGCGCGCCCGACCGCCGCCCAACGCGCUGCUCUAGCCCUCGAGAACCAGUAUGGACAGCGAGCGGCUGCCUCCAUCAACGCCAUCCACAGCGGCAUGGCUUCACAGAUGAACCCUGGCAACCCUCUUGUCCAGGCUCAGCAGGUUCCCAGGCAAGGACAGGUACCGCAGCACAUGAACCCGCAGCAGCAGUAUCGGCAGGGGGUUGCCGCCGCCAUUCAGCAGCAGAUGCAGCAGCAAAUGCCCCGCCCGCGGCCACCGAACGGCCUUCCUACCGCCCAGCUGGAUGGGUCUACUGAUGCCGUUGAAUGCAUGUCAACGCAGCCCCUCUUAAAUUCGAACCAGCCGGCUGUGAUGAGCCGUGCUCAGAUUGAUGAGCACCUGCACGCCCAGCUCGCCGCAAGAGCGAAGCAGAUGGAGGGCGGUGGUUUGAUGCUACCCCUGAAGAAAGCCGCGAAGAGUCACGGCACCGUUACAAAGCGGCAGAGCCCUGACGGCCCUGGCCGGUUUGACGGGCUGGAUGAUGAAAUCAAGAGCGAAGAGGACGAUGAGGAUGCCAUCAACUCGGACCUCGAUGACCCUGACGAAGGUGGCGAGGAAGACGAGGACGACGACGAGUCCUUGGGCCACAUGAUGCUCUGCAUGUACGACAAGGUGCAGCGCGUCAAGAACAAAUGGAAGUGCAUUCUCAAGGAUGGCGUCCUCACCGUCAAUGGCAAGGAAUAUGUUUUCCACAAGGCCACCGGCGAGUAUGAGUGGUAA